AUGCUUAAUUCACGGACAAACAAACAUCAUAGAUCUAAGAAAAUCAAAAAACAUUCAAGGAGUGGUAAAGUGAAAUCUUUGAAAUCCUUACAUGGUGCAUUAUUAAAUCUAUUGAAUAAAGAGAAAUCACCAACCGAUGAACGAGAAUUCAAUAAGAAGAGUUAUCUACACAGGAAAUCAGGUUAUCAUAAUACUAAAACUAGCAAUCAUAAUGACAUAAUAUACAUAAGAUCUAAGGAAAAUGUUUUAAUACCGAAACUGACAGAUGAUGAAGUGAUGGAACGACAUAAGAUAGCUGAUGAAAAUAUGAAAAAUGUCUGGACUAAUAUAAUAGCAAAAUAUGAAAAUGCUGAUGAUUCUAAAGGUGAUCUAAUAAAUUUAAGUACCGGGGAAAUUAUUGAAGAUAAUGGUCAUGUCAGAGAACUAUCUACAUUGAAACAACCUAACCAGACAUCAACCUCAUACAAGACUACAUUUGGAGACAUUUUACUAGAUGAUGAAAUAGAUGACACUACUAAUGAAAAUAUUCAAAAUCCAAAACAAAUAGAUAGUGAAAAGUUAGCAGAUUCCGAAGACGAUGAAGGAAAUUCUCUUUGGGCAGAAACUGAGUCAGAUAAUGAUUUUGAGGGUUCAUCUUCAAGCCAAGAUGAUGAGGAUGACGACGAUGAUAUCGAAUCAUCUUAA